AUGUCGGCGGCGGCGGGCGAGGACAAGCGCCAUCUCCUGAGCAUAUACGGCAAGGAAGAGCUUGAUGACUCGGAUGUCGAAGAUGUGCUGCACAUCAUGGACGGGCUGAAUGUGCAAGAGCAUGCCCACUCCCUGGCGGUGGAGCAUGGCGGGAUAGCGGUGGACGCUCUUUCGGCGGUGGAGAUGGAUGAGUGGGCGAGGGGCGAAUACCAGAAUCUGGUAGAUUUCCUGUUGUACAGGGAACACUAG